AUGGGACACAAGUAUAAGUUGCAUGCCUCCGCGCGGUCAUGGAAGAGGGCAGUUGCAGGUACAAGCCUGAGUGUCUUCUCUGUCUACUAUCUCAGUCACAUCUUCCUAAAGGUAUCACCCGCUGCUAAACUCACCCAAGGUGCAGACAUGGCUCCUUCAAGCAUUCUACAAGCUUCGUCACUACUGACGACGCUCGUGGUGUUGACUGCUGCUCAGGCGGCAUUACCAACAUCAACAGAGGGCUGGAGCACAACGCUGGCUGGUACUCCCACCUCUUUCAGAUCUGUCUUCACCAUCCCUGCUUCUGCAGACCAGGGCGCGAACUUGAUUCCGAACAUCCAAGAUCCUCAAGCUAUCAAUGCCCAGGACGUCUGCCCGGGUUACAAAGCCUCGCAACUGCAAGAGACGGACGGUGGCAUCAGUGCCAUAUUGACCUUGGCUGGCGCACCAUGCAAUGUAUACGGCAACGAUGUCGAUAUACUCAACCUGAAGGUCGAGUACCAAUCCAAGGACAGAUUGGCUGUUAACAUCAGCCCAGCCUACCUUGAUGCGUCGAACUCAUCGCACUAUAUCGUGCCAGAGAGUCUUAUCCCAAGACCCCAGGCAGAGGAUUCACAUGACGAUCUCGACCUUGCAUUUGAUUGGAGUGACGACCCGUCUUUCUGGUUCACAGUAACCCGCCAGUCGACCGGCGAUGUCAUCUUUACAACCAAAGGCACCCAUCUCAUUUAUGAAGACCAGUUCAUCGAAUUUGUCAACACCUUGCCCGAAGACUACAACCUUUACGGUCUCGGUGAACGCAUUCAUGGCCUUCGACUUAACAACAACUUUACUGCAACCAUCUACGCUGCUGACGUAGGAGACCCAAUUGAUCGCAACAUCUACGGAAGUCACCCGUUCUACCUGGAGACUCGUUACUUCGAGACCGGUGUUAACAGCACCAAGAAGCCACUUCAGCAGUCUAAGCUCCAAUACGAUGGAUACUCCACCAAUAGCAAUGGCUCUGGAUAUGAGUCUUACUCGCAUGGUAUAUACCUCCGCAACCUACAUGGCAUGGAAGUCGUUCUCAAGCCAACCAACCUGACCUGGAGGAGUCUCGGAGGUAGUGUCGACCUGUUCUUUUUUGACGGCCCUACCCAGUCCGACGUAACCAAGCAAUAUCAAACGUCUGCCAUUGGCCUACCUGCCAUGCAGCAGUACUGGAGCUUCGGAUUCCACCAGUGUCGAUGGGGUUACCGUAAUUGGACUGAGCUAAGGGGGAUUGUCGAGACGAUGCGAGCAUUCGAUAUCCCAAUGGAGACCAUUUGGGUUGAUAUUGAUUACAUGGACCAAUACCGCGACUUCACUUUGGACCCUGUGACCUUCUCUCCGUCUGGUGUGGCAGAUUUCUUUGGCUGGCUGCACGGUAACAACCAGCACUUUGUGCCCAUCGUCGAUGCUGCCAUUUACAUUCCCAACCCUACCAACGCCAGCGAUGCGUACGAUACCUACAAGCGCGGAAAUGAGUCUGAUGUCUUCCUCAAAAACCCCGAUGGCAGCCAGUACAUUGGUGCUGUGUGGCCCGGUUACACUGUCUUCCCGGACUGGAUGUCCGCAAACGGUGUUUCAUGGUGGGUCAAUGAGAUGGUUGAAUUCAGUAAAAUAUUGCCCUUCAGCGGCGCGUGGGUGGAUAUGACAGAGGUGUCAUCCUUCUGUGUUGGCUCCUGCGGGACUGGAAACGUCACUCUCAACCCCGUUCACCCGCCUUUCUCGCUCCCUGGUGAGGCUGGUAACAUUGUCUACGACUUCCCAGAAGGCUUCAACAUUACCAAUGCGACUGAGGCUGCUUCUGCUUCUGCGGCUUCGUCCAGCCAGGCUGCUGCUGCGUCUGCUACUGCUGCAAGCUCCGUGUCUGCUGAGUAUCUGCGUACGACACCCACACCAGGAGUAAGAAACAUUAACCACCCACCUUAUGUCAUCGACCACGUCCAGGUUGAUCUUGCUGUACACGCAGUCAGCCCUAACGCGACUCACCAGAACAGAGUUGCCGAGUAUGACGUGCACAAUGUAUGGGGCCACCAGAUCAUUAAUGCCACGUACCAAGGCCUCCUCUCAGUCUUCCCUGGCAAGCGACCUUUCAUCAUUGGUCGAUCUACAUUUGCUGGCAGUGGCAAGUGGGCCGGCCAUUGGGGUGGUGAUAAUGCCUCAAAGUGGUACUACAUGUACUUCUCCAUUCCCCAAGCGCUUUCCUUCUCGCUGUUCGGUAUUCCCAUGUUUGGUGUCGACACUUGCGGCUUCAAUGGCAACACUGAUGCAGAGCUCUGCUCACGCUGGAUGCAGCUCUCGGCCUUCUUUCCCUUCUACCGCAACCAUAACACGCUGUCUGCGUUAUCUCAGGAGCCUUAUCGUUGGGACAGUGUAGCGUCUGCCUCACGAAGUGCGAUGAACAUCCGCUACUCUCUUCUGCCAUACAUGUAUACACUCUUCCACCAGGCUCACACCACUGGGUCCACAGUCAUGCGUGCCCUGGCCUGGGAAUUCCCUAAUGAACCCCAGCUUAGAGAUGUCGACACUCAGUUUCUGCUGGGCCCCAAUAUCCUCGUAACGCCAGUUCUCGAGCCUCAGGUUAGCACUGUCAAUGGUGUCUUCCCUGGUCUUAUUGACGGAGGGUCGUGGUACGACUGGUACACGGGUGAGAAAGUGCGGGCUGAGGCUGGUGUUAACACUACCAUCUCCGCUCCUCUCGGCCACAUCCCUGUCUACAUCCGUGGUGGUGCCGUGCUUCCAAUCCAGGAGCCGGGCUACACUACUACCGACUCUCGUAAAAACCCAUGGGGCCUCAUCGUCGCGCUUUCCGAGGAUGGAUGUGCGACUGGUUCUCUCUACAUCGACGAUGGCGAGUCCAUCGAGCAGGAGAACACACUUGAUGUUGCUUUCGCUGUUCAAGACGGACAACUGAAGGCUGAUGUUCAGGGCGAUUUCAAAGACACCAAUGCCUUGGGUAACGUCACUAUCCUUGGUGUUUCCAGCACACCAAUUAAUGUUCAGUUGAAUGGUGAGGCCAUCGACUCAUCAAAGCUUGCGUACAACGCGUCUGCAAGCAUCCUGAAGCUGACCGGUCUGAACGAUUUGACUGGUGGUGGCGCGUGGCAGAGCAGCUGGACGUUGAGCUGGGUUUAG